CUUGAACCAAGGGUUGCGCUUCCCCGACUCAUAAUACCAUGAUUCUUUUCCCACGGUAUCACCUGUUUGAGAUUGGCGACCAGCCUUGGUGUCCUGAGUGGAUGAGAGCGUACAUCCAAUCGUAUCUAACUCGUGUCUGGAAUCUACAUAUCCCUCCAUUCAGCAAGGCGCCCCCAGCGGGCGUGGCAGCUGAUGUUAUUCUUGAAAAUAUCCCAGACCCGGAAUCCUUCACAUUUGUUGAUCUUUGCGCGGGGGCAGGUGGGCCAAGCGGAACCCUUGAACAUGUUCUGAACGCGAAGCUUCGAGCAGAACGCAAGCAAGAGGCUCGAUUCGUUCUCACGGACCUUCAUCCUCGACUAGAAGAAUGGUCUGCUGUCAGCAGGCGCCAGGAGAAUAUAUCGUUCAUAUCUCAACCAACGGACGCAGCUAGAUGCGAGAGACUUGCUCCAAAAGAUCGAAAAGAAUGCAGGGUAUUUAACUUGUGUUUUCACCAUUUUGAUGACCAACAUGCAUCGACGAUCUUGCGUAAGGCGACAGAGUCGGCCGAUUCUUUUAUAAUUUUCGAAUUCGCUCAGCGUAAUUUUACGUCAUUGCUGAAUAUCCCUGUCAUGCUUCUUUUUCCUUUCUGGUACACUCUUUGCCGGUAUAAAAGUUCCCCAUUGCAUCUAUUCUUUACAUAUGUAAUACCUCUAUUGUCAAUCCUUAUUGCUUUUGAUGGCUCGGUGUCAACUGCUCGGUGUCGGACAUCAGAGGAAAUUCAAACCCUUCUUCGCCGGGAGGAUUUGAGUUUGAGUGACUGGGAAUUUCGAAGUGGGCACCGGAUUUUGUUCAAGCCCUUUGUACACGUGUACUACUUUAUCGGUGUAAGAAACUACAAAUAAUGCUACAGGUGGGGACUGAACAACUCAAUCUUCAUCGGGAUUAUGGCUUUCUUCCAGUGUUACGCUUCGUCCAGCCGUCUCUUGCACUCUGCAAGGGCAUCCGAUGCCAGGCUCUGCGCCUGGCGUUUUGACAUAAGGCCAAUCCAGUCAGUCUCUUGUGUCAUGCCAGAGUACCCCAAAACAAGGUCGCGCAGCCAUUGCAGUAUCCCAUCUUGCAUGUGGAACACUUCACGGUUCCUCAGAGCGCCCUUGACACUAGCUGUAGUGCGAGCC